CCGCACUGAUUAGCUGACUUUUGAAAUCGCCCGUGUCCCCAAUGACACCCUAGUGCCUUAAACAUUUAAGAAGUAUUAGAGCUAGUCGUGAAGAAGUAGCAUGGCGCUGUGUCAGACGUUGAUUGUAAUAGGGGUUUUACUAGGAACCUAUGGCCCCGGUUGGACACGUGGUGGGAAAGAAUAUGUUCUUGUAUCCCUUGGGAGUCAUGGCGGUGCGAUCAAACCAUUCGAUAUAUCUGUGACUACGCCUUCAGUGAACCUGACGUCGGCGUCUGUGACAACCUCGUGGGAUCUCACCUCAUCUGAGAACAUCAGCGUGAGCGCAACCCAGGGACACUUGCUCUCUUAUGGAAUGGACGGGGUUCUUCAGGGUAGCUCAGCUCGAGGGAAAGCCGUUCAUAUUCAGACACCGGAUGAAAUAGACGUUUCUGUAAUCAGCAGAUUUACCUACUCUGAUGGAGUUUAUCUUGGCCUACCUGUUGAGAGUCUAGGUCAGGUCUGUUUCAUUCUAACGCCAGAUGACUGUUCAGACAACUGUCACAUCGCCUUUGCUGCAACGGAGGACAACACGACGGUGUCCUUGACUCCAGGGGAGAUAACCACAAACUGGGAGCAUGUGCCAGGAAUGACGAGUCGUAAUCAGACAUUUACUUUUCAGCUCGACAAACACGAAAGCUUUAAAGUUAGCAGCGCGUCUGAUAUUUCCGGUACGCGCGUGUCGUCCGAUAAACCUGUCGCAGUAUUUUCAGGGAGUGCUGGAUUAAGGGGAGACAACCAUGAGUCUGUUGUAGAGCAGCUUCCGUCAACUGAUCAUUGGGGUCGGACCGUCUACACCAUUCCAACACCGAACCAACGGUCGAAAUAUAACAUUUAUAAGGUCAUAGCUUCCGACGGCAACACAACUGUCUCAGUUGGUGGCCAAGUGGCUGACCUACCUUACCCUGGGUCUUUCGCCACCGCAACCCUGCCAUCCGAUGCUUUCCUUAAAAUAACCAGCAACAAGCCCCUGCUGGUGAUGAAGAUCGUCCCGAGGAACACCAGUGUUGUUCAAGGGCAGGACGAAUGCAUGUCGCUCGUACUCUCAAUGAACCAGUAUAUUUUAGACACGUCCUUCUUCUCACACAACGACUACAACAACUACGUCUCCAUCGUCAUCAACGUCACCCACAAAGAUGAACUUCUUCUGGACCAGACUCCUCUUCCCGAUACUACCAAUUGGACGGUGAGCGACGAUCUCGAGAUGGCUCUGGGGGUGUUGCUGGUGGGUAGCGGCAGUCACACCCUCGCCACGGAUGCCCCUGGAGUCAGGUUUGCUGCCUACCUGCACGGCGUCAGUAUCAACACAAACGCAACCGUAUGCAUGCCGCUAGGUGUCGCCCUUUCUGUCAGUCGAUGGCCCUCAGACUGCACGUGCAGCACGUUGUGCUUUGACGAGGAUACUGUCAACCGUACGAUAACCCCCGAAUAUAUCGCCAAUCUCACCGAAGAGAUCCGACAGAAUCUGACUGUAGAACGGAAACGCCUGUCUGCGUCUAUCCGGAAGAAGCAGGGUGCGAGAGACAGUCGGCCAUCGGCUCAAGGUAUGGGGACUAUCAGUGUGUUAUGCAUCAUUGUUCUGAUAGCCAGCGUGGUGCUGUUUGACAUCACGGGGAUGUUUAUCGGACCCACGUAUGCAUUUUCAAAGAAGAGAAUGAGAUCGAACCUGAGAAAGAAAAUCAAGAAACAGGAGGAAGACACCGAUCUCGUCUCCAAGUUACAGACAAUUACCCAUCAUCAGUGAAGAGAUACUGCUGCGGGCAUGACACAAGACACAACUGACAUGUAGGUUGACAUUUCGCUCAUGUUAAACAUGGAGGUAAUCUGGAUGGCUAUUGUCACAAGUUUACAUUUCCACAACCUGUCGAACCUCCUGGUUAGUGGUUCUUGCCAGGGCGUUUUCUAAGGGAGGUCGCAAAAUUCAGACCUGAUUUUUCAUACCACCAUCGAGGGAAUUCUACUGAGUGAGUGAGUGAGUAUGAUUUUACUCCGUUU